AGGCAGGCAGGCAGCCGCGGCUUGCAACCGGAGGGCGGCGCGCUGCAGGCGGGGACCCAGCCAUGGAGGAGCCGGAGCGCGGCGGCGGCGGCGGCGGCGAUUCCCUUCCCGGAGAGGGGCCCCUGGUCCGGCCAGCGCCACUGCCGGAGCCCCCCGUGGGCGGGCUGUAGCGGGCGGGCGGGCGGGGGGCGCCAUGCGGGCCGGGCCGGGCGCGGACCCGGAUCGCCGCCAGCGCUGGGCCGCCCUCUUCGAGCAGCUGGACGCCAACCGGGACGGCCGCGUGGACGCGCACGAGCUGCGCCGGGGCCUGGCCCGCCUGGGCAUGCACGCCGCCUCCGACGCCGAGCAGGAGAUCAUUCGCGAGGGGGACACAGACAAAGAUGGCGAGCUGAAUUUCGAGGAGUUUGCCCGCUACCUCCAAGAACGAGAACGGAAGCUCCUGCUGAUGUUUCACAGCCUGGACCGCAACCAGGAUGGCCAGAUUGAUGUUUCCGAGAUCCAGCAAACCUUCCACAGCCUCGGUGUUUACAUCUCCCUGCAACAAGCAGAGAAAAUCUUGCACAGCAUAGACAAGGACGGCACGAUGACCAUCGAUUGGCACGAAUGGCGGGAUCACUUCAUCCUCAAUCCCUUGGAGAACAUGGAGGAGAUCAUACACUACUGGAAACACUCAACAGUGCUGGACAUUGGCGAGUGCUUCACCGUCCCAGAUGAAUUUUCUGAGAAGGAGAAGAAGACCGGGAUGUGGUGGAAGCAGCUCAUUGCGGGAGCCAUGGCCGGAGCCGUCUCCAGGACAGGAACUGCCCCGCUAGACCGGCUGAAGGUUUUCAUGCAGGUUCAUGCUUCCAAGAAGAACAACAUGAAUGUGUUGGGGGGGCUGCGGGGGAUGAUUCACGAGGGGGGGGCCCGUUCCUUGUGGCGAGGCAACGGCAUCAACGUGUUGAAGAUCGCUCCAGAGUCUGCAAUCAAGUUCAUGGCUUAUGAGCAGAUCAAACGGGCCAUUCGUGGACAGCAGGAGACCCUGAGGGUCCAGGAGAGAUUCAUUGCUGGCUCAUUGGCUGGGGCCACAGCCCAAACCAUCAUCUACCCUAUGGAGGUUCUGAAGACCCGGCUAACCCUACGCAAGACCGGUCAGUACGACGGGGUGUCAGAUUGUGCCAAGAAGAUCCUUCAGAAGGAAGGGGUUCGUGCCUUUUACAAGGGCUACCUGCCGAAUGUGCUGGGCAUCAUUCCCUAUGCCGGCAUCGAUCUAGCGGUAUAUGAGACCCUGAAGAACACCUGGCUGCAGAAGUACAGCAAGGACACUGCUGACCCGGGCGUCCUGGUGCUCCUGGCCUGUGGCACCGUCUCCAGCACCUGUGGCCAGAUCGCCAGCUACCCCCUGGCCCUGGUACGGACCCGGAUGCAGGCACAAGCAUCCAUUGAAGGUGCCCCUCAACUCACCAUGCUGGGGCUCUUCAGACAUAUCCUGUCCAGGGAGGGGGUCCUGGGCCUGUAUCGCGGCAUCGCCCCCAACUUCAUGAAGGUGAUCCCAGCGGUCAGCAUCAGCUAUGUAGUCUACGAGAACAUGAAGCAGGCCCUGGGGGUGACUUCCCGGUGAAGCUGGUGCCUUCCUCUCAAGAAGGACCGUUCCUCUGGAUAUCGUGUUUCCAAGGUGGCAAGAGACUGGGAAGAGCUUCCUCUGCUCAGGGGGCUGUCAGAAAGAGGGCUGGAGCAUAAAGACCCGAGUCUUCCUCAAAUUCGCGACUGUGGAGCCCUCUCUAAGAAGGAGCACCAACAAAGACUUGUCUUGCUCACAGAGUCCUGGGCAUGAGAAUCACUGUGAUCCCUUGUGGUUGAGACUUCCUUAAGUUUCUCACAUUCUGGAACUUGUGGUAGGUUCCCUUCAUAAGAACAUCAUCAGAGCCCUGCUGGGUCAGCCCCAUGAAGGUCUCUCUAGUCCAACAUCCUGUCUCACACAGCCGCCAGCCAGUUCCUCUGGAGGUCCAAUAACAGGGCACAUUGGCCAAGGCCUUCUCCUGAUGUUGCCUCCUGGCACUGGGAUUCAGAGGUUGACUGCUUCUGAAUGUGGAAGUUCCCUUUAGUCACCAUGGAUGGUGACCACUGAUGGACCUCUCCGCCAUGAAUCCAGAGGCUUCCUGGGUCACCUGCUGUUGUCUGCAUGUGCAUCACCUCCUUCCCACUGCCUCUUUCUCAGUUCUGCCUUCUUGUAACAGCCUCGUCCGGUAGAAAAUCAAGCCGACUGACAUUCAUUUCAAUGGGAAGCUGUCCGACCAGCGUAGCGGGAAACCCUGGGCUGCUUCCCAGUCAAUCGACAGUCUCUGUUACAGAGACAAUCAACUCAGGAAUAAUCCAUUCCCCUGGAUACAAUUCAUCAAGUUGCAGUGAGUUCCGCUGAGUUUUCUCACCUCUGCUCCAGUGGGAUUGAACAGCCCAUGGUAGAAGGAUGUAGGCAAACUGAUUGUCCCAUCUAUUCUGGAUUUACUUUAUAAAACUGACCCACGUUUGGUCCUGCUCUCGCAUCAUCUUCUAAGGAGCGCUGGAGCCCGGCGGACGGCGUUUCCACCCUGCCCUGCUUAACUUUUCAUUUAGUAUGGAAAAAUGUCUGUAUAUAUUUUGCACAUGGACUGUUUUAACUUAAAAGACUCAUCUGUGGACCACUUAGGUGACUGGCUGAACUAAAUGAAGCGCCUUCUUCUCCUCCCCCCAACUCCUUUUCUUUCUGUUCUGAAGGGGAUGGUUAGGGUUGCCAGCUCUAGGUUGGGGAAAUUCCUGCAGUCUUGGAGAUACAGCUUGGGGAGGGUGGGGUCUAGGAGAGAGGAGGGAUCUUGGUGGGGCCUAGAGCCCCAGAAUCAAUCCUCCAAAGCAGGCAGUUUCAGGAGGGGAUCCAAUCUCUUUUGUCUGGAGAUCACUUGUGAGAGCUCUCCAGUCCCUGCCUGGAAGUUGGCAACCCUGUGCAUGGCAGAGAAUAAAGUUGUAAGGGCUACACUUUGUUGUUAUCCUAAGCUUUCUGCCUAGCAACAGAUGCACUUAUCCUGAUCAGACUCAAGACCCCUGUGUUAUUUUUUUCCUUGCAUGCAUGCAUGCAUGCAUGCAUUUCCUCUGCUUGUUGUGAGAUGUUAUGCUGGCCGCACUGGCUUUGUGGUUUGAGAAAUGCCAUCUCCUAAGCCCUUAAAGCCAUAUUCCCUUGUUGCCCUCGCCCCUUUUCUGAUUGGCUGUCCUCCUAAUUUAUUGGCAGGUCAUAAUUCAGUGGAGGUGGGUCCUCCUUUUCCUACCCCCCCCCCCCUUGACUUGUCAUUAUUUGAAAUCUCGGAGGGGCAGGAUAAUAGACCAAGCCAGUCUGGCUGCAGACAUUUCCUGGUGGGGAAAGUCACCAGCUUCUUCUGAAGAAAAGAGGACUGGUUCCAGCUGCACAGAAAAGCUGCCACUGGGGCAUCACUGGGUCUGCAAAGGGUGAUUUUAGCUGAGCUGAAGAAUGCCAACAUUCUGUGCCAAGAAAGUCUACAAUCUGUACGAAUGAUGCAAAUGAAGCAAAUCUGCUUAA